AUGCCUGUCAAACAUUUCAAGUAUAAUAAUCAUCCAAACUUUGCAAGAGGGUCGUAUACUCUAGAUGAAGUUGAUAUCUCUGAGUCCUUUUUAUCUUCAUCCGAGAUUGAAGAAAGAGACAAGGCGCUUAUACUAUAUGUUAUAACUGGGAUAAAAGAACUAAACGUAACAGAGAACGGGUUCUUGUCUAUAAAUACUUUUGAAAAUGGUGAAGACUCAAGUGGCGAAUCUCCACCUAGCGGUUAUAAUAUCAAAGAUGCAGAUAUAAAUCUCGUUUUAUCUGACCUGUCACUUUCUAGGAUAAGAAAACACACGAAAAAACCAAAUGAACGCGAUAUCAGUUCUGAUUUUUUAAGAAAUCUGCAGUCUGAACCUAUUAAAUCGUUUAGUGUCCGCAGUCUACUAGAAGAAAACAGUGAACAUAACCCAAAUAUACGGGGUAGUUUGGAAGAAACCUUUAGAAAAUAUAUUAGAAAAAAUGUUACUAUAGAAGAAAAAGAUCUGUUUGAGUAUUUAGGAUGGGACUAUAUACCAUUUUGUCAGCAAGUAAAGUUGUACCUACUUUUUAAAGAACCUAAUUUUAUGAUAAAGAUAGGAUUUAAAUUGUUACCUGGAGUAAAACCUUUACAAAUUGUUAAAUCAGAAAUCAGCCUACUUAGAACAAAGAGUACUUACAAAUAUCAGGGUAAUGUACCAAUUUAUACUAUUUUGAAGCAAUACACUCUUGAAACAAAAGUUGGAGAAUGUACUAUUAGACCUUGCGAGUUAAAUUUGAGGGAAUAUAUAGUUUUAACUUAUGUUAAUUAUAAUAAAACUCACGACGCCAUAUCUCAUGAAUCAACACGGGAGAAUUGUUCCUAUGAGACAAAGGUUUUACAAAUAAGUGGAACACCAAGAAGACAGUUUAAUACAUUAUCCAAGAUAUUAGAUACUCUAAACAGAGUCCUACCAACCAAUAACUAUAAAUACAGGGAUUAUAAUCAACCUGUUUACAAAAUACCCAAAUACAGAAAACAAAAUUCCAUAAAUUUACAACUCUUAAACAUAUAUGUCAAUGGAAAAUUUAGGACAUUUGUUCCGCUUGUGGCCUACUUGGAUGUUAAUACUGGAAAGUGGUUCCUGUGUUCAAACAUUGUACAGAUUGAUGAUGUUUUUAAGCACUCUUCGCUCUGGUACCCUUGGAAUCAUUAUGCCAGAUACAACAUGAACAUUAUUCCUACUCAAUACAGGUAUUCAACGUUUGCUUCUACGGACAAUAUAAUCUUCAAUAACAAGGAUCUGGAGAAAAUUGUUUCAAAUCAUCGCUGUUUUUCAAAGUAUAAUAUUUAUAAUGAUUCAGAAGAUACAGUAAAAAAUAUAAUACAUGUAAAUAAACCUGGGCAAAAUUCAUUCAACAUAGUUGUUUGA